GUGGUCCAAUGAGGAAAGGUGGAAAUACAAUCUUUAAGUAGUUGCCAAGGAUAUCCUCUCUACAAGGCCAGAUGACGAGUACUUCUAGAUGAAAAACACAUAUCUGGGUAAAAUCAGCGCCGAUCAGGUAUCUUAAAAGGAUGCAUAUAAUUUACUUUGCGUAAGGCAAGGAUCGCCGGCGGCGGAGGCGAGCAAGAGCGGAGAAGAGUUUUUCAGUUGAUGAGAUUAUUUCUGCUCUGGGUGGUCACCGUAGGACAGCAAAAUGGAGAUCUUUGCUAGCAGGAGCAAUAGCAGGACCUUCGAUGCUACUCACAGGUUUGGAUAACCAACAUACAAGCUUGGCGAUUUACAUCCUUAUGCGAGCUGCUGUUUUGGCCUCACGAUGCGGAAUAAAAAGUGAAAGAUUUGGGCGUGUCUGUAAGCCACUAACUUGGGCACACGGGGACAUUUUUCUGAUGUGCCUAUCCUCUUCACAAAUUCUGUCAGCUUAUAUAUUAAAGCAAGAGAGUCUGCCUCAAUCUUACAAGUCUUUUCUCAAUAAACAUGGAGGAAAAGACCUUGUUAUAUUAAAUGGCGUGAAAGACCUUGCACGUGGCAAGUCUGUAACAAAUUUGCAUGUCAUAGAGAAGUAUUACAAAUCUACUGGUCUAGACAUCAAACUUGAUCCUCAGAUGAAAGUUCCUUGCUCGAUUUGUGAGAAAAUCUCAUCUUUACGCAGAUGGUGCAUGGAAAUCAAACAUGUGGAGCGCAUUUUUUAAACUUCCUAAUUCAAGCCUAUAAGAGAGCUUUGCCUGUCUACCUUCCAGUUUAUUUAAUUCCUGCUUUGAUAGUGCAUCGGCAAGGUCUCUUGAAAAGGCCAUAUACAAUUUUGUGGAAGGGUAUUUUUGGGACAGCAAGAUCUAGUUUGUUUCUAUCUGUAUAUUGUGCGUCUGCUUGGCUCUGGACCUGCAUCCUUUUUAGGAUUUUACAGAGAUGUAACAUACCUAUGGUUGCAGCAGGAACGUUUCCGACAGGGUUGGCCUUGGGAAUUGAGAAGAAGAGCCGGCGGAUAGAGAUCUCACUCUAUUGCCUGGCACGGGCUAUCGAAAGCUUCUUCACAAUGAUGGCGGAUGCGGGGUACUUGCCUCGAGGGGCUAAGAAUUUAAAGAGAGCAGAUGUGGUGAUUUUUAGCAUUUCAACAGCAAUAAUAAUGCAUUGCUAUGCCAUAGAACGGGACGUCUUCAAAUCCAAAUACUUGAAUGUUCUUGAUUGGGUUUUUGGCGUGCCUCUUCCUCCGUACGAGACAACUCCUCGAAAGAAGAAAAAUGUGUGAAGGGUUUAGGCAUUUUUUAUCAAGUUCGACUUAAGUUUUCUCUCGCAAAUAUACCGAACAUGUUAAUGUGUUCCUUAUGGAGCUUGUUGCUAUUGUGUACGGGCUCGUUGCAAAACCAUAGAACUGGGCCCCAUUUUCACGAGAGCUCGUCCAAUGCAAUAAUAUGUUCCAUGAGGAACACCUUAACGUUCUCAAUAUAUUUUCUGUGUUAGCUUAUAAGGAUAAUUUGGUCAAAAGUCAGUUGUGACAUUGUGUGAUGAUAUGAUAGGAUACAGUUAACAUGACCUUCCGAAAAAGGGGUAAAAAUUGUACAAUAAUAAAAGUAUAUGGUUUCACAACAGUCUUUAGAAGCUGGC